AUGUCCGCCCUGCACCGGGCCGGGCCCGCGCGCAGCGCCCGGAGCGCCGGGAGGGCGGGAGCGAGCGCGGGAGCGAGAGGGCAGGGUCGAGGCGCCGAGGCCGGCGCAGAAAGAAGCCCGCACGUCCAGGGCCGCCGCCCGGCGCCCCGAGGGGCGGUCGGCGCCCGGCGCGCUCUUCUCAGGGGCGGAGGGCGAGACCGGCGGCCUGACGGGGGGCGCGGGAGACCGGCAGAGGCAGAGAGGAAGCAGGUCCCGGCUCCGGCGGGAGGGGCGGCUCAGGUGGCUGUGCGGCUGCUGCUGCUUUCGGUUCUGGGGCGCCGCGACGGGCCGCUGCCGCUCUCUGCCGCCGCCGCGCUCUGCGCCCGGGGCCUCGGCACCGCCUCCUCCCGGGCGGCCGCCGCUACCGCCGCCAUCCUCCUGCUCCCACGGCGGCUCGCGGGACCCACGUCGAUUGGAGGGACAGAGCCCCUGCGGACGCCAACCAGAAGGCGGCCCCUCCUCCCGCACGUGGCCCUCGGAUGCCGGAUGCGACCGCGCGGUACCUCACCUUUUUCAGCUCGGGGUGGGACUGGCUCGGUCGGGUGUCCGGAGUCAUUCAGUUUGGGUGGGUGUCAGCCUCCUCCUUGGUGUUACUCCGAGUGUUUAAAUAAAACAGAAGCUAACCAAAGCUGAUGAUAAAGACUGAAAACAAAAGAAAGAACCGAGAAGGCAGAAGCCAACUUGAUCUGAAUUAGAUCUAUCCCAUUUAAACACUCUGACUGUGCAGAAAGCACGGAGUUGAUAGAACUAACGAUAAUCCAGGUUGAUCUUCAGCUGUAGGGCAAAAACUGGCGCAGAGAAAGCUACACCGGAUUCAGGAGACCCGGGGUCCAAGGUCUGGGACCAAAACUAAGUUAUGUGUAAUAAGCAAAUGAUUUUACCUUUUUGAACUUUAGUUUCCUUACCUGGGAUGUUUCUAUCAAAUCUCGACGGCACCUGCAGCUUUAAAAUCCUAUUAUUUCUCUAACAUGGCAAUUAAUAAAAUUCUCCCCACUCCAUUCCUAAGUGUAAUGUGGUAUCUUGGUAGCAAAGCAUGGUCUGAAUAGCCAGUGGACAGCCUACUCUGACCCUCCCAUUUUUAAAAUGCCUAAAAGUGUCCUCCAUGUGAAAAUAAUAGCAACUGGUG